AUGAAUUUACUUAUGGAUGGGAACCACACUGCAGUAACAGAGUUCAUUUUGUUGGGUUUAACAAACGAUCCAAUCCUUAAAAUCACCCUCUUUGUGAUCAUCCUGUGCUUCCACCUGGUGACCAUAUCUGGUAAUCUCAGCACAAUCAUUCUUAUCAGACUCUCUUCAGAACUCCACCAUCCCAUGUACUUUUUUUUGAGCAACCUGGCUUUUGCAGACAUAGGCUUCUCAUUUUCUGUGACACCCAAUAUGCUUGUAAACUUCCUAGUGGAAACAAACAUAAUUUCCUAUGUUGCAUGUGGCAUCCAGCUGGGUUCAACUGGUUUUUUUGGAGCAGCUGAGUGCUUCCUGCUGGCUGCCAUGGCAUAUGACCGCUUUGUGGCAAUCCACAACCCACUGCUUUACUCAACCAAAAUGUCCACACAAGUCUGUGUCAAUUUACUUGUAGUGACUUACACAGGUGGUUUUAUUAAUGCUUCAUUCUUUACUUUUUCCUUCUUUACUUUAUCCUUUUGUGGGUCAAAUCAAGUCAAUCAUUUUUUCUGUGAUUUUGCUCCUUUAGUUGAACUCUCUUGUGCUGAUGUCAGCCUCUCUGCAGUGGUCCCCUCAUUUUCUGCUGGCUCCAUCAUUGUGGUCACAGUAUUUAUCAUAGCUGUUUCCUAUAUUUAUAUCUUCAUCACCAUUCUGAAGAUGCGAUCCUCUGAAGGGCACCACAAAGCCUUCUCCACCUGCACCUCCCACCUCACUGCAGUGACUCUCUACUUUGGAACAGUUUUCUUCAUUUAUGCGAUGCCCAAAUCCAGCUACUCCACUGACCAGAACAAGGUGGUGUCUGUGUUCUACAUGGUGGUGAUCCCCAUGUUGAACCCCUUCAUCUACAGUCUCAGGAACAAGGAGAUUAAGCAGGUUCUGAAAAGAGAGCUUGGUAGAAAAGUAUUUUCUUAG